AUGACAUCUACCCCAGACAGUACAACGGCAAAUUUUAUGCUCGAAGAGCUGAAGAAACCAUGGUCCGCUGCCAGCAUCACGGAGAACCAGAAACAACGCCGAGGCGAUGUAGCCAGAGCCAAGAGUAUAUGGGACGGUGUAUUGAUCGACUUUCGCGAGAAGAAAGCUAAACGGAAUGGGAAAGCCGCGCCUGGAGGUAACGAUAGCGACGGUAACGCGGAAGCGAACUCCGUCAAAGACCCAUUUCCUUUCCCAGAUCUUCCAGGGGAAAUUCGCAACACGAUUUACGACUUCACACUGCAGAACGAUAGAGUCGAGCGUAGGCAGCGAAGUCGUGACAGAAAUCUCCGAUACCGCCGCGGCUAUGGUAGUAGAGUCUAUCCGGUGAUAUCCACAAUCACGAAGCGCGCCAUCGAGAGACGUAUGAUAUCGCCUACUCGGAAACAAAACCAAGAGGAGGGGCAGUUACGAAAACUCCGCAAUCGGCUGGCCAAGUGGCACCUUGAACGAGCAUCGGCAGAAGCUCCGCUUACUCCUCGCUGCAGUGAAGCCUUUGAGAAAUACAGAUUGGAGCAUGACAUGUAUACUUGCCGAUGUCCGCAUGAAGCACAUGACGACGACAAGUUGGUUGUUCCAGUCAACGCCAGGAGCAAUCUUUGUGAUGAUCUGCCAUUGGUCUCUCUUGUCAACCGACAAAUCUUUCACGACACCUUUUAUCUUUUCUACUCGACCAAGAGAGAGGGUCUCUGGUUCAGAUGGACGAUCAGGAAUCCUGACUUCUUCCCCUUCCCAUUGUGGGGUUGCCUUACUGGCUUUACCGACUUCGAGGAAGACCGAGGUCCGCUCUUCGAUUGGAUGUACUCCGUUCGUCAGAUAGUCGCGCUCUAUCGGAUCGAUCGCCAAAAAUGGAGAGAGCAGUCCAUGGUGUACCUCCAAAAGUGCGAGUCAGACGAUACGGAUGAAUCAGCCCCAAACGACUUCGCUGCACUACCCGACCCCAACCUUGUAGAGGCAGUCAUCGAUAUUCUAUGUAAAGCAAUUGAAUACAACCUCGGAUAUGAUGGCAACUUCUCGACUGUUGACCGCGAUGGAAGAGACUGGGACGAAGACGUCUUCAAGGUGUUCCGGUACAAACGCAAACAUCGCAAGACUGCAAGUAGGAGGGAGCAUAUGAUUGUGCUCAUCAUCCGCCAGUAUCGUAAGAAGGUCGAUACACUAUUGAGGGAGCGGCUUCGAGAUGAAUACAAUGAAUGGGAGAGACUUCCGGACACGAUGGGAAUUCCGGAAGGAGUGGUUCCGUAA